UCAAAUCCAAGAAUUUAAAUAUCGAUCUGAUCUGAUAUUAAUGUCGAUAAUCAAUCAAUAUCAGUAACUGAAACGCCGAUGUCGAUAAUCAUCUAGCUUCACAAAGUCAUUCACUGGCAGAGAUUCAUUUUACUCUCAUUGAUGACAAAAUCUCUUGAAUGUCCAAGCAGUUGCUUCCACUGGAAAGGCCAGUUAGAAGUCCUGUGAUUAUAUCCGUUGCCCAAUUUCGCCCGGAGAAGGCCCAUGGCCUUCAGCUGGAGGCAUUUGCACUUGCUGUUAGAAGACUGGACCAGGACUUGCCUAGACCAAAGCUCCUAUUUGUGGGUAGUUGUCGAAAUAAGCAGGAUGAAGAAAGAUUGCAGAAGCUCAAACACAGAUCCAAGGAACUAAGUAUUGAUGACUAUGUGGAGUUCCACAGGGAUGUUAUGUAUAGGGACCUAGUCCAGCUUCUGGGAGGUGCUGUUGCAGGACUCCACUCCAUGAUAGAUGAGCAUUUUGGAAUUAGCAUUGUAGAGUACAUGGCAGCCGGUGUGAUACCGAUUGCCCAUAAUUCAGCAGGUCCCAAGAUGGAUAUAGUGUUAAAUGAAGGCGGACAUCGAACAGGUUUUCUAGCUUCAAGCAAAGAGGAAUACGCUGAAGCUAUUCUCAAGGUACUUAAGAUGCCAGAGCCAGAAAGGCUUGCAAUAGCCGCAGCUGCUAGAAAGCGAGCUCAAAGGUUCUCAGAGCAAAAGUUCUUCGAGGACUUUGAGGCUGCAGUUCAGCCUAUCCUAGCACCCAAAGCUUCUUCAUGAACUCAGACCGAUUGGCUUAUGUGUUUUUACUUGGUUUUCUUUCCCAUAAGAGAGGUGUCUUCAAAUUGUGUCAUGGUCCACAUAUGAUAAUUAUGUUACAUAUGAUAAGUUUUCUUUUCUUUUGACAAAUCCUGUAACUUCAUAGUUAAACAUUGUAAUUGCCAUGACUAUUAGUUAAACAUUCUUAGCAAUUGGAAGUUA